CUAAGUGUUCUCAUAUAGUUUUUUCUCGCUACUGUACCGAAGAUCGCCCGCAUGCAAAUGAAAUGGAGUUGGGUAACAACUAACACGGAACAAGAAGGGGGUGAAAAUCUAAAUUUUUGCUUCUACAUAAAAUUUAGUAAUUUGUGCAUUCAUGAUAAAAGUUAGUAUAUUUAAAUCUCUUAUUCUAUUCAAUAUCUUGUCUUAUGGAUUUCAUUUCAAUGUCUUUUUUGGGACAGUUUUAUUUUUGUUACAUAGUUAGGAUUAAACCCCCAUCAAGUUGGUAUGUUCCAAACUAGCGCGGUAGAAGUUCCACUUCCGGCUCAUGGGUGAAGCAGCUAAAGAGUAGCUUUUGAACAAACUAGCAUUUUAUGCAUUACUUUGUAGUUAUACAAUGGCCUGCUGGAGGUGCGUUAUUUGCUUCGUUUUUGUUGCAUUAACGCUGAAGUCACUUUUCAGUCACAUUAAUACUGCACACAGUCGCAGUCCGGAUUUCCGUGUCAUUUGUGGAAUCGAUGGAUGCGCCGAGGAAUACCGCGUUUUCAGCUCUUUCUACUACCAUCUCAGACGGACACAUUCGCAAUGUUUCGCCGCUGGGAAACCUCCUACAGGUUGUCUCACAGCUUCAUUCGAUGCAAAUCUGUUAGGAAGUGAACAUUUUGGUACAGCUAUUUUUGCCGACUGUACUAUCGAAACAAGACAAACUGAAGCAGAAACACCAGAUUUCUAACGUUGGUUGUGUUGGAGCAGGAGCGACAGAAAAGUCGGAAUUUGAUGGACAAAGACCAAUCGGAUGUUCAAACACCACGUCAGAAUCAGGUAAUGUACUUUGUGUGUGUGUGAUUUAUGAAUAUCUUCCAAAUGAAGCUUUCUAGCACUGAAGCUUGUCUCAGAUGGUUUAUGCUUUACCUCAACACUUGUUUGUUGUCACUUUUCUGUCAAUUUCUUACAGGCAUACUGAAGUAAAAUCAAUGUACAUCGUAAUACACAAAAACAGACACACAAAUACACAUUUAUUUAUUUAAAAACAUUUUAGGCGAACUUAGGCAUCAAAGUGAACGUCACUAUGAAUAUGAAUAUUCCACACAGAGCUCAGACAUGAUGUUUACUGAUGCUGUUAUGGUUCCUCCAUAUUUAUUUAUUUGACUUAUUUGUUGAGUUGUCAGCUUUUUUCCCCCAAAUUGUGUCUACUGAAGUUCAUAUUUGUAAAAUAUUGUAGGCUGAGUUACAAUAUUUUAAACCGAUUAAACUUCUUAUUUACUGGUGUAUAAUUGGUGUAACUUACUUACCAGUGAACCAGCAGCUUUCAACAAGCGGGUUCACUUAACUCCGGAGUCGAUUCCAUAAAGAUUGCUUAAAUUUAUUAAAUAAUUCCUAAAUUCAUAGGCGUCAUUUUAACCGGGGACGCCGGGGACAUGUCCCCGGCAAAAUUUGUGACUGGCAGCUGUGUCCCCCCCACUUUCAAAAACGCCUGCUGAUGAGGAUUUUUGUUUUACCAGCUCAGAUCUUAUACCAGGGGUCGGCAACCUAUUCCCAUCAAAGAGCCAUUAUUACCCAUUUCCCACGGUAAUUUUGGACGGACCUUAAUAAGCAGUGACUUAAGUGAAGCAGGCAGGUCGCGCUAGAAAAUUUCAUUUAAAAAGACGUCAUAAAUGUGUUCCCCCGUCCUUUUUAUUUAUAAAAUAUGAAGUAAAAACUCACAAUUUAAUUUUCAUUCAUUUGUCAUUAAUAUUUAGUCUACACCCGUGCGUUAAGUGGACCAUCUUCCAGUAAACGCAAAGCAUCCAGCCCACCUCUCCAAAUGCGUAAAAUGUGCAUCAGCCGCUAGUUAGGCGCGCCGCGCGCACCAUCAGCUGAUCAGCCCAGACAAGAGCAGAGCAAAUAGAGAAAGAAUAGAGGAUAAUUGUGUCUGGAUGUGGAUGGAGAUUACAUUUUACAGCAGCCUGAUCAUCAUUUAAAUACGUAAACCAUCACCUGUCUUCUAGUCCACGCUAUCAGCAUUAUUUUAAUUGGUGUGUGUGUGUGUGUGUGUGUGUGCGUGCGUGCGUGCGUGCGUGCGUGUGUGUGUGUGUGUGUGUGUGUUUUCCGCUUCAAACACUGGUCUAACCAACCAGACCAGCGUGUCCAGUAACAUAUUAAUGUUACAAUUAAACAGUUUCCCUUCAUGUAGGCUAGGAACGUUUCACCUGCCGUGGCCCGACCGCUUCUGCUCCACAUAAACUUUGUGUGUGAUCAAAUGUCUCUACGGGUCAUGCGUCUCCAUAUUAGAGACGGGAACAAGCGCUGUUCAGCCAAAGUUUCAUAAUUUCAUAAAAAGAACAUUUUUCCAAGUGACACAUCCCUCAGAGAGACCGGGUUUCCAGACUGUUUCAGUGGAAGGAAAUCUUAUCGCAUGCGCGUGGUUCUGCGCUGCGCUGCGAACCCCUCAGAUCUUCAGCUCACUGUCCAUCGUGGGCGCUCCGAGCCGCGCUGAACACAGUGUCCAGUAUAAAGCUCUGAUGUUCUGAUGGGAAUAUUUUACCUCCGCGAUGUGCGUUAACGAUUAAAAUGUCAGCUCAUCCAUGAGCAUCCGUGUGCGUCGGGGUAAUUCUUUCAAACCAAGCAACAUCCUUGAGUUCAUCUGUCAAAAUAAACAGUCAAAUGGAAAUAUCUGUAACCUGCCGUUUAACUGUUUUGCCUUCCUGUGAAGAUUGUUGCAAAGAGAAACAAUUAAACUUGAUUAACCCCAGAGCCACCCAGAGCGCAUGCGGGAAGAUUCCUCCCACUAAAGCGAGUGUUUUCCAAACCCUGUCUCUCAGAGAGACUUGUCACUUAGAAAAUGUUCCCUGAUGAUGAAACUUUGGCUGAAUAGUGCUUGUUCCUGUCUCCAAUGUGGCGACACAUCCAGGAGCCGUCUGAGGAGAAGCCCAGAAUCUCACAUCCUCUUCAGCUCAUAAAGUGCCGAUAUGAUUACUCACAAGCGUGACCGGUCAACCAUCGCAGACCGGGUUGGACCUGUUCAGGUUUACGCAGACAAUCUUUACAUUUAGAAUUGGCAUACAGGUGUAAAAUUAAUGCAGUAAAAUAUAAAGCAUUUUAUUUAAAUAUCCAUUCAUUAUUUUAUAAGCACAGAGAGCCGUAUCAGAUGGAUGGAAGAGCCGCGGGUUGCCGACCCCUGUGCUAGCCUACUUUAUUGUCCCCAGCAAUAUUUAAACUCCACUCAAGUGUAUGGUUAUUGUCCCCAGCAAUUCUGAAAACAAACUGACUAGGGCUGGGACGACGCGUCGACGUAAUCGAUUACGUCGACACGUAAAAUACGUCGACGCAUAUAAUUUGCGUCGAUGCGUCAUCACGUUCAAAAAACAAACAUGGCAGUAGCGAGUAGUGGCAGCGUGAGCGGGGUCGACUUAAAUCACUCAACCCGAACUCGCAGUUCAAAAGUAUGGGACUAUUUUAACAAAAAAGGAAGCGAUUCAGUCGUUUGCCGGCUUUGUAAAAUGGAAAUGGCCUAUCAUAAAAGCACGACGGCUAUGCACCAGCACCUCAAACGAAGGCAUCCAGGAGCAGCUUCUGCAAACGAAAAAACACCGAACAAACAGAAAAGUCUGGUGGACUUCUGUCAGAGAAGAACACCCUGCACCCCCCCCAGGAGGUGGCUGUACUUACUGAGAGCGUCCUAUCUAUGAUUCUGAAAGACAUGAGGCCACUUGCUGUGGUUGAGGGUGAAGGAUUCAAAGAAAUGCUGACCACUUUUCAACCAGGUUACACUCUGCCUUUCUAGGCGCCAUUUUACAAGCAUGAUGGAGAGAAAAUAUCAAACUUCAGUUGAGAAACUAAGGAGCGAACUAAAAAAGGCCUCAUCCAAAAUUUCUUUUACCACUGAUGCUUGGACAAGUCUAGUCACAGAAUCCUACUUAGGAGUAACUUGUCAUUUCAUCAAUGACAAUUGGGAUCUUCACUCCUUCAAUUUAACAACACUCCCAGUUGAAGAGCGCCGCACUGCAGAAAACCUUGCCUCCUGGGUGGAGAAGGUGGCAGAAAAAUUCCACAUUUCCUUGCAUAAUGUCCUUGCCAUUGUGCUUGAUAAUGCAAGUAACAUGGUUGCAGCUCUCCACAUCCUGGAAGAGAAGUUUGGAGUGGUAUCCUAUCGGUGUGCUGGGCAUACACUGCAACUGGUUGUAAACCAUGCAUUGACAGACCCCAAGAUUGAUAAGGCACUAUCAGCUGCACGGGGCCUUGUAAAGCACAUCAAGAAAAGUGAGCCAGCUGCCAUCAAGCUUAAGGAGAAGCAAAAACAGAUGGGUACAGCUGAGCAUAAACUAAUCCAGGAUGUAGCUGUCAGGUGGAACAGCUCAUACUACAUGAUUGAAGGUCUGUUGGAACAGAGAUGGCCAGUAGUUGCGACGCUUUCAGAUCCAGAAGUCACACCGCGUGGGAAACAGUACCUGGAUCUGAAAAAUGAUCAGUGGAUUCUUCUGGGUGAGUUGAAGGAGGUACUCAAGCCUUAUGAGCAAGCCACUAAUGUUCUUAGUGGACAAUCUUAUGUCACAGCCUCUGUUCUCCCCCCACUGCUGAAGGGUCUUCUGAAAUCCACUCAAAACAAAUCCUUCGAUUCUGCUGCAGUGAACAUUUUCCAGAACAGUGCAGAAGAGGAAAUCAUGUCAAGGUGGCAGCCAGAGGUAUCUGCAUUUCAAGAAGAUGGGAAAAAUGUGUCACUCAUUGCUGCUGCCCUCGAUCCACGUUUUCGUAAACUGAAAUUUCUUUCUCCAGAGGAUGCUCUGAAACUGCAAGUAAGAGUACAGAAGGAUGCACUUGACCUCAAAAGGGAGCAGAGAUCACAGCUUCAGCAGGCAACUGUGGGGCAGGAAGCCUCAGCAAGUCCCCCAACAAAGAAGAGGUCUGUGUUGGACACUUUGUUGGGUACAGAUUCUGAGGAGGAAGAUUGUAAUGAAAACAUUGACCAGGGUGGGGACGGGGAAAAUGAGACAGUGAGGAAAGAAGUACUGUUGUACUUUGGGGAAGCACCUAUUCCAAGGGAUAAUGACCCCCUUACAUGGUGGAAGAAUAAUGCUACAAGAUUCCCCACACUGGCUACUUUAGCCAAAUCAUAUCUAGCUGUACCUGCCACAUCAACACCCUCUGAAAGGCUUUUUUCUGUUGCUGGAAACAUUGUCACCAAAAAAAGGGCAAGCCUGACUGCUGAGCAUGUAGAAAUGCUAACAUUCCUUCUAGGGCUGUAGCGAAGCCUCGACGAAGUCGACGGCUCGAUUCUAAAAAUUUGUCGACGUCAGAUCCGGAAGUCGACGCACCGCGCCCACUUGUUGCAUCCCCCGGAGUUUGUAAAUAGAGGAGGAAUCUGCCCGUUUUUCCUCUAGUUCGCCCUCUUCUCCGCCUUCACUAACAUCUCCGCCAAAUACCGAAGACCCGGAACAACGUCCGUCCACUACUAGAUUAUUUUCCUGUUUUGCCCGCCUUCGUCUCCCGGCAACGGACAACAACUUCCGGGGUCAGAUGCGCUGCUUCGUGUCUAUCGCAGAUGUAGAAAAUCACCGGGAGCGCUUCUCCCUUCAUAAAGGAGCUUCUUUCAGACAUGAGGAGAGCUGUUUUGGUGGUAGCAGUCUCUCCUCCGUGCUGGUCUGUUUGCUGCUGGGUGUUUUUGGUUUAUUUAAACUUGGUAACUUGAACUUAACGUUGGUAAAGCUACUGUUAGCAUCUUCGCUAACAGCUUCUUGCGUUGGGAUAAGCUGUUACGUUUUGGUUUAGAGUUCAUCUUUUUUGUGGUGUAGAUCUCCCUUUUAUUACAUUUAGAGUGUUGUGGGUUUUCGGUUUAGUGUAAAAUAUCACCUGAGUUUGGUUUAACCCGUAAGACCACUCGCCUCACGCACAUAAGUGACCAAAACAAAGCAGCAUGGAGACACUCCAUCUUCUACCACCUCUCAGGCAGCAGCCUGCACUCCCAAGUUCUACACGUCAUCAGAACAUAACCAACCGCAACACAAUAAAAGCAGUGUUAUACAAAAUGGAAGGCCUGUAGUGUUUAUUCUCUUACAGUAACAAUUAAUCAAUUUUUUUGAGGAAUUUAUUUGAGAUUUUCUGGUUUUUGUUAAUUGUGCAAUAGAAAAAUAAUCAUUAGAUUAGUUUUCUAAAUAGUCAUUAGAAUAGUCGACUAUUCGAUAAAAUAAUCGUCAGAAUAAUCGUUUUAAAAAUAAUCGUUUACCCCCAGCCCUAAUUCCUUCACACCAAUGCAUAACUGCUUCAUGUGAUGAAUAUGAUUGGACACACACACACACACACACACACACACACACACACACACACACACACACACAGAAACAAGAGAGAAGGCAGCAAAAUGGAUGUUAUUUUUUUAAAGAGCACUUUUUUUGCAGAGAGCAAAGUGAAUGUUAUAUUUUUUUUGUUCAAAGACACCAUUGCUGCUGUUUAUUUAUUUUUUGUUGUUUUGCACAACAUUUAAUUUCUUGUUAAAUGCUACCUCUAAAAUAAGAUUGUACUACUAUUUUAUUUUGGAUUUUUUUUUUAUUAAAACAACAAUGCAUAACUACUUCAUGUGAUGAACAAAAGAAAAGGCAAAAUUGAUUUUAUUUUGAAAAUGAACAACACUUUUUUGCAGAAAGCGAAGUGAAUGUUAGAUUUUGUUUGUUAAAAGACGCCAUUGCUGCUAUUUAUAUAUUUUUUGUUAUAAAAUUUCCUUGAUUUAUAUGAAUAUUUUGCACAACAUUUAAGUUUUUGUUAAAUGUUAUCUCUAACAUAAGAUUGUACUACUAUUGCAACAACUUUAUUUUAGAAUUUAUUUUAUUAAAAUGUGUUCAAAUGAAGAAAUUUGCGUUUAUUUCAUUGAGAUACAUAAAUUAGUAAUAAUCAAACUUUUAUACAAGUCAAAUAAUUGGGAAAUAAUCAAUAAUUUAAUCUAAUCAAAAUAUAAUCAAAUUAACAAAUUAAUCGUUAGAUUAAUCGAUGCAUCGAAAAAAUAAUCGCUAGAUUAAUCGAUUACAAAAAUAAUCGUUUUGCCCAGCCCUAAAACUGACGCCCUUGCCUA